CCCGUGGUUCACAUCCAGCCUCCUGGCAGGAACUGUAGAUUUAGUCAACAACACUCAAAUCUUGAAAACAUAAGCAGGAGCGGUGGAGGGCUAUGGAGAGAGGUGGUAAAGAGAGGAAAGGCAGAAGAAGCAAGGCAGGGGAAAAAGGGAGCCACAGACAGGAUCUAGGGCAGACUCUGGAGAGACCCUUGAAGAUGCUGCUGCUGCUGCUGCUCCUGGGAGCUGCCACGAGCAGAUGUCUACACGACGAGACACAGCAGUCUGUGAGGCUUCUCAGGCCCCCUUUCUCCCAACUUCCUCUAAACUUCCGCUCCUCCUCCCUCAUCCUCCCUGGCUCGCGUGAUCCUCAACCCCUCCGAAUCCAAACCUGCUACAUAGGAGAUCCUGUAUCAGAUGGAGCUUGGGAUCCUGAGGGAUACGGGAUGAAAGGGGGAUCUCGAGCCCUGGCUGCAGUGAGAGAGGCCGCUCAGCGACUCCAGGGUGUCCUAGCAGUUCGAGGACCCCUGCUUCUGAGUCGAGACCCUGCACAGUACUGCCAUGCUGUCUGGGGAGACCCAGAUGCCCCAAACUACCACAGGUGCAGCCUCUUGAACCCAGGGUACAAAGGAGAGACUUGCCUGGGGGCAAAGAUGCUACAUUCCACCCCUGGCCAGAUCCCCGAUGCCCAUCUCCGUGGUUAUGCCUUGUGGCCGGAGGCGGGUCCCCCACAACUUGUCCAGCCAGAUGGGCCUGGGGUCCAAAACACCGAUUUUCUCCUGUACGUGCGGGUUGCCCACACUUCCAAGUGCCAUCGAGAGGAAGGUUUCUUCUUCUUCUUCUUCUUUCUACCUCACUUCCCUCCUUUCCGCCCCUACCUUGUCUGGGCCCAUCCACAGCCAUCUAUCAUAGCCUAUGCCGCCUGCUGCCAGCUGGACUCAGAAGACAGACCCCUUGCUGGUACCAUUGUCUUCUGUGCCCAACAUCUCACCAGCCCCAGCCUCAGCCAUAGUGACAUCGUUAUGGCUACACUACAUGAAUUGCUCCAUGCCCUGGGUUUCUCUGGACAGCUCUUCAAGAAGUGGCGGGAUUGCCCCUCAGGACCCAGUGUUAGAGAGAACUGUUCUACAAGGCAACAAGUGACAAGGCGAGAUGAGUGGGGACAGCUGCUUCUCACCACCCCAACUGUUAGCCGCAGCCUGGCCAAACACUUGGGAGUGCUAGGGGUCUCACCAGGGGUCCCCUUGGAAGAAGAGCAGGGCUCACUGUCUUCACACUGGGAGGCCCGGCUGCUCCAAGGCUCUGUGAUGAUUGCCACCUUCGAUGGUGCCCAGCGCACUCGACUCGACCCUAUCACCCUGGCUGCCUUCAAAGACUCAGGCUGGUACCAAGUCAACCACAGUGCUGCCGAGGAGCUUUUGUGGGGCCAGGGAUCUGGCCUGGAAUUUGGUCUGGUGACCACCUGUGGGACCGACUCCUCAGACUUCUUCUGUACUGGCAGUGGGCUGGGCUGCCACUACCUGCACCUGGACAAGGGAAGCUGCUCCUCAGACCCCACGCUGGAAGGCUGCCGCAUGUUCAAGCCCUUGGCCAAUGGGAGUGAAUGCUGGAAGAAGGAAAAUGGAGUCCCGCCUGGGGCAGAGAAUCCCCAUGGGGAGAUCUACCAUUCCCAGAGUCGUUGCUUCCUUGCCAACCUCACUUCACAACUGCUCCCUGGGGAGAAGACCAGGCAACCCUCUCAGAUCCCAGCCCCGAAGGAAGUGGAGCUCGCAGGCCGCUGCUACUUACAUCAUUGCACAGAGAGGGGAGCAUACAAGGUGCAGGCAGAGGGCUCACCCUGGGCCUCAUGCCUUCCAGGAAAGGCUAUUCAGAUACCUGGGUACUAUGGUCUUCUCUUCUGUCCCCGGGGUCGGCUGUGUCAGACUAAUGGAGGUAUCGAUGCUGCUACUUCCCCACCUGUCAGUCCUUCAACCCAAGACCUGGUAUUCCAGCUGGCUUUAGGAUUAGCUGGGCCCCCAGACCACUCUCUAGGGAAGGAAGAGCGAGAAGAGUUGACUGAAGCAGUCCUACAGGCUCUGGUGAGCAGAGGAGGCACUGGCAGGUGCUACUUCCAUGGCCCCUUGAUUACCACUAGCCUGCUGUUCACUGUGCAUAUGUGGAAGUCCCCUGGCUGUCAAGGGCCUUCGGUUGGUCUGCUGCACAGGACCUUGACCCUGACUCUCCAGAAGCAGCCUCUAGAAGUAUAUUAUGGAGGAGCCAGCUUUACCACGGAACACAGCAAGUUUCUGGUUACCUCGGACCAUAAUCCUUCCAUGACCUAUGUAGGUCUGUCCAUGGGACUCUGCCUAAUGCUGCUUCUCCUGGUGGGUGCACUGGGAACAGUGGCCUAUAAGAAACGAGCUACUCUUCAGGUGGGACCAUCUGCCCCUUACCAUUCACCAGGGCUCCAAAGCACAACAAGCAGCCCAGCUGGAGGAAUGAGGGAGGUGUGAUAUUACCCAGAGCAUGGUGGGAGGCAGGAUAGAGAUUAUUUUCUUGGGAGACACCCAGAUGGAAAGUUGAUCUAUUGUCUACACUUAAGUUCUACUUUUCUCAGAGUGCCCUUCUCUGGAUAUCAACUUUAUAUUAGCUUUGCAAUGAAAAAGAAGUACAGACUCAUGGUUUUGAAGAUUCAUUCUUUAUUUUGAUAGAAAAAAAUAAACUCUUUAACCUGUAAA